AUGGACAUGGGUUUGAGCAAGCUCUGGGAGAUGGUGAAGGAUGGUGAAGCUUGGCGUGCUGUAGUCCAUGGGGUUGCAAAGAGUUGGACACAACUGAGUGUCCAACAGUGGAGACUUGGCAGGCCAGGAAAGAGUUGUUUGGUUUGUUCAAAGUUCUGAAAGAGAAAAUAUGUGACCUAAAAUAUUUUACUUGAAAAUGAAUUCCUUCUUAAAUAAUAAGAGAUAAUUAGUUCCCAGACAAUCAAAAUAUGAGUGUGUAUAAAAUUAUAGACAAAUAUCGGUGGUUCAGUGGAUAAAGGAUCUACUAUCAGUAAAAGAAAUAUUAGAGAGACCAUUCUGUUCAAUGAACAUUCAAAUCAAAUCAGAGGAAAAGAUCCAAAAAAUCUAGUCUUAAUUGAAUAUUCAUCAAAUGAUGAUGAACUUUCUUAACAUUAUUUAGAAAUUACUAUGAAUUGAUGUCUAACUUCAUGUCCUCUGUUUUUGAUAUCCAUGAAAAGAAGUUUUGAAAAUCUCAUUCUGAAGUUUUUUGUUUGUUUUGUUUUUUCUGUAGCUAUUUCUUCCUGACCCUGGGAUUGAAUCCAGGUCUCCUGCAUUGAGUGCAGAUUCUCUACCAUAUGAACCAUCAGGGAAGCUCAUAAAAGAAGUUUGGAAACUCAUUCUGAGGUGUUCCUCUUUUUCCCUUAAUUAUUUUAUUGACAUUAUCGACUGUUUCUUUUUUUUUUUUUUUCCAUCAAGGCAGUUUCAUUUUGUUUUAAUCUUUAAUAUAAAGUACAUAAAUCAAAGUUCAAUCCUACCUAGUAUAAUUGAUUGGGAGAGUCAAGGAGAGAUGUUUGGAUUUUGAGUUUCAUGCACUUGGUCCAAGCCCAGAUUUAGUUUCAGCGAGUUGAUUAUGAAGACUGUGAAAGGCUUCUAUGUCCUUUUCAUGCUGCAUCUAUGGUUCUUUGACUCUGGAAGGACCGGAAAGAUACUUGUAUGGCCCAUGGAUUUCAGUCACUGGAUUAAUUUAAAGAUUAUUCUGGAUGAACUCUACCUUGGUGGGCAUGAGAUAACUGUCCUCAUACCUUCAACAAGUUCUCUGCUUGAUCAUACCCAGAUUCCCUUUAACGUGGAGAUCCUUGAAAUUCCAAUAAGUAAAGAAAGUUUCAUGGAAGAAUUCACUGCUAAUCUCUACACACUUUCUUUUGAACUGCCGAAAGUUUCAUGGUGGGAGAGGCAAGUACGACUGACGAAAAUGUUGAAAACGUUUUUAGCAACAAUCAGAAGCAUUUGUGACAGUGUUGUCAUGAACAAGGAGUUGCUCACCAGGCUUCAGGCAGCUAAGUUUGAUAUCUGUAUUGCUGACCCUUUAAGCUUCUGUGGGGAGUUAGUGGCUGAGCUUCUCAACAUUCCAUUUAUAUACUCCUUUCGGUUUUCCUAUGGGAAUGUCAUUGAGAGAUUGUGUGCUGGGCUUCCUAUGCCUUCUUCAUAUGUUCCUGGCACCGUAUCAGGACUGACAGACAGCAUGACUUUUAUACAGAGGCUGGAGAACUGGUUAUCAUAUACAGUGAAUGACGUGAUGUAUUCAUAUUUUGUAUUUCCAGAAUGGGAUGAAUAUUACAGCAAGGUUUUAGGAAAAUCUACCAAAUUAUGUGAGAUUAUGGGAAAAGCUGAAAUGUGGUUGAUUCGAACUAACUGGGAUUUUGAAUUUCCUCACCCUUUCUUACCUAACUUUGAAUUUGUUGGAGGACUGCACUGCAAGCCUGCAAAACCCUUGCCUAAGGAGUUUGAAGAGUUUGUUCAAAGUUCUGGAAAAAAUGGAGUCGUGGUGUUUACUCUGGGAUCAAUGGUCAAAAACCUCACAGAAGAAAACUCUAAAAUGAUUGCAUCAGCCCUUGCCCAAAUUCCACAAAAGGUUCUGUGGAAAUAUGGAGGAAAGAAACCAGAAAAUUUAGGAGCCAAUACCCGGAUAUAUGAAUGGAUUCCACAGAAUGAUCUUCUUGGUCAUCCCAAAACCAGAGCUUUUAUCACUCACUGUGGAACCAAUGGUGUCUAUGAAGCUAUCUACCAUGGGGUCCCUAUGGUGGGAAUCCCCCUGUUUGGUGAUCAGUAUGGCAAUGUUGCUCGUGUUAAAGCCAAAGGAGCGGCUAUUGAAUUAGACUUGCAGAGAAUGACGAGUUCCGAUCUGCUUAACGCUUUGAAGGCAGUUAUUAACAACCCUAGCUAUAAAGAGAAUGCUAUGGAGUUAUCAAGAAUUCACCAUGAUACACCGGUGAAGCCCCUCAAACGAGCAGUCUUCUGGAUUGAGUUUAUCAUGCAUCACAAAGGAGCCAAACAUCUUCGACCAGCCUUUCACGACCUCACCUGGUACCAGCACCACUCUUUGGAUGUGAUUGGCUUCCUGCUAGCUUGUGUGGCAACUAUUAUAUUCCUGGUCACUAAAUGUUGCCUGUUUUGUUGUGGGAAGUUUGGUAAAAUUUCCAAGAAGAAAAAGAGAGAGUAGUUUUUGUUUUUUUUUUAACAGUUGGACUAGAAAUCUUGAUGAAAUCCAUCUGAAUUAUCCCAGGCACUGAUUUGAACAGAUUUCUACUCUCUUGGGUUCUUGUCCAUUCCUCAGCUUAUCGAGUCAAAGUUCAAACUCUCACUCCAAAAAUAUGCCAUAUGAUUUAUAAUUAUGGUUUAAAAGAAUCCUUUCUUUAAAAAGAGAGGAUAAACAAAUAAACAAUGUAAAAGUUGCUACCAUUAAUGAUGUAGUGGUUUACUUCAUUCAUUGCCUUCAGUUCAAUAAGUUGAGAUGCUGUUUGAGGCCUUACAAACAUAACAAGUAAUUCUAUUUUCAGUACUAACCGUAUUGAAUACUUCCUUAAUAUCUGACAUGAUUUUGGGUUCCAUAUUCUAAAGGAACUAGACAAGGAGUGAUGUAGAGCACACUCUAGUCAGAGCUUUCCUUCCAGUCAGGAUGAUCAGGAACUUGUAGGGUUUCUACUCAUCUGUAAAGCACAUUUUACACCAUCAAUUUUCUUUCAUAUCAUACAUUAGAUGUUGUCCCUCUUAAAAUACAAAGCUUUGCUUUGUAUUUGAAGACUGCCCUUCAUUUGGAUAUUAGUAAUGAUAAUACUCAUUUGAUAACAAUAAUAGUACUUAAUUUGUAUUGUAACACUUCAUAGCUUCAGAGAACUAGUGAUUUUCAUAUAUUAGCAUGAUUGUUGGUACGAUGGAGCAAAAGUAAAUGACUGGAAUUUAAUACCCAUCCUUUCAAAGUAACAAUUUUUUAAACAUUUAUCUUAAUUUAUUUAUUUAUCUUUCACUGUGUUAUGUCUUCAUUGCUGCACAUGGGCCUUCUCUAGGUGCAGUGAGCAGGGGCUUCUCUAGUUGCAGUCCGUGGGCUUUUCAUUGAGGUGGUUUCUUUUAUUGCAGAGCACAGGCUCUAGGAUACGUGAGUGUCAGUAGUUGUAGCCUGGGGGCUGUAGAGUGGGAGUUCAGUAGUUUUACUGAACAGGCUUAGUUGCCUCGUGGCAGGUGAGAUCUUUCUGGACCAGGGAUUGAACUCGUGUCUCCUUCAGUGGCAGGUGGGUUCUUAACUACUGGACCAACAGGCAAGCCCUAAACUAACUUAAUUAAAAAAUUUUUUUCCUAUAUUAAUUUUACUUAGAACAUAUACAUUUGGAGAGAGAAGCAAACUUCUUAGAGCUACACUGCAUAUUCAUUGGGGAAAAUGCAUUUCUCAGAAAUGCUAUUUGCUAUGGGGAAUGAUUUCUCCAUCUAAAGAGAAACACAGUGGGUUUUCUCAUUUCCUCCUUCACUUCCAUCACUUCCCCUGGUCUUCUCAUAAAUGGUCCUUUGAUCACUAUUACAAGCACAAGUACUUAGGCUUCUUAUUAACUAGCAUCUGCUGGAAAUCUGCAGUAAGCUUGAAAACACAGCUUGA